UUGACCUUCAAGUGCUCGCAACCCCCAUCAGUGGACGAUACCCUAGGGGCGUUGCCGCACUUCUAACAGUGCCUGUCUAGUCGUUUUAGUACCGUGUGACCAAUCUUUUUGGACGCUUCACUACACUCGACUAGUUCCCAGAUCAAAAAUGAAAAGAAACGUAAAUAUAUUCCACAGUAAACAUUGCUAUAAACUUUCCAAUGUCUGAGCAUUGAAGUAAAAUGGAAAUACCUGUAUCUGACUUCUGUUUUGGAAUUACUUGUAAGGUUGAACAACCAAUGGGGUUGGAUGGUGUGAUCUGCAAAUCAUCAAAUGAUUUAAACAUUGGGCUUGGAAACUACAUAAAAGCGGAAGAAUGUAAUUAUGAUAACAUUAUGGAUGACAACCUAAUAGAUAAUAAGUUGGGAAUUUUACGAGAUAAUCAUUCAUUGUAUUUGGAGGAUAGUUUUAAACAUAAAUAUAACUCUAAUGAUGGUCACAUUGUUAAUGCUCAUAACCGUAUUAAUGGUGGUACAACUGUUAAGCGACAUCAAAUUUCAUCAGUACAAGAUUCUGAAAAGGGAGUGAAACUGUCGUGUGGUUUUUGCAACAAGACGUUUUCAACAAUUACUGGACGGGACCGUCACAUUAAAAGCAUUCACAAAAGAAUAAAAUAUUCAUGUAUUCAAUGUGACAGAAAGUUUUCAAGUAAAUUCCAUUUAAUUGAACACAAGAAAGUUAUUCAUGAAGGUAUUAAUCUUUCAUGUGAUAAAUGUGACAGGAACUUCACUACGAAAUCCCAACUAACUAGACACAUAAAAGCAAUUCAUCGAGGAAUAAAAUAUCCAUGUAGUCAAUGUAACAAAAAACUUUCUACGAAAUAUGAUUUAUAUGUACACAAAAAAGUUAUUCAUGAAGGAAUAAGACAUCCUUGUAAUCAAUGUGAUAGAAGGUUUGGAUCUAAAUCCAAAUUAAAUGAUCAUAUGAAAGUUGCUCACCAAGGUGUAACUUUUCCAUGCGAUGAAUGUAGUAAAAUAUUCUCUUCGAAUGGCGCUCUUUGCAGACAUCUACAAUCCGUUCAUCAAGGAAUAAAAUAUCCAUGUAAUCAGUGUGACAGAUUAUAUACAUCUAGAUUUCAUUUAAAUGAACAUUUGAGAGCUAAUCAUAAAAAUGUAAAAUUUACCUGCGAUCUAUGUAACAAAGAAUUUGCUUUUAAAGUUGGCUUAGAUGAACAUAAUAAGAAUAUUCAUGAAGGAAUAAAGUAUCCAUGUGAUCAAUGUAGUAAAGCGUUUUCGUCCAAAUCUAUGUUAAAUAUCCACGUGAAAGCUAUUCAUAGAGGAAUAAAACUCACUUGUAAGCAAUGUGAUAGAAAGUUUAAUUGUAAAUCCAACCUAAACUUACAUGUAAAGUCUGCUCAUGAAGGUAAUUUCUAUUGGUUGGUUAUAAUUAUAUUCUAUCAUGAAAUCGUAUUUUACGCACAGUUUCAUCAAAUAUUGAUUAUACACAUCACAUUGAAAUCACUCUUCAUGUUUCUUGGACUUUUAAUUAUUUAGCAACUCAUAUUGAUAAUAUUCCACUGAAAACUCUGUUUCACGAAAGAUAAAUUGGUGUUAUAGUAGGUUAAAAAACACGAAUUUCAAUUAAUAAAUCGUAGAUCGUAAUCCUCUCUCACCUUUCAUUUGGUCACAUAUUGUGAAGCUUGCACUCUUAGGAAUCACUUAUUUUUUAGUUGGAUUAUCAUUUUAAAUAGUUAAACAUAUUUCACCAAAUCUCAGCUUUUUUGGUUCUUAUAGGCAUAUUUUUCCAAUGUGAUGAAUGUGAUAAGAAGUUCACUGCGAAAUGUCCACUAAAUAGACACAUACAAUCAAUUCAUCGAGGAGUGAGGUUUACUUGUGGACAAUGUGACAAAAACUUUACAAAACAGAGUACAUUAAAUGAUCAUGUUAAAGUUGUCCAUGAAGGUUUGUGAUAAUCAAGUCUUUUUUUACCAUAUUCCAAAUGUAAUGAUCAAAAAUUACUACUGAUAUAUGAAGCUUUGAAUUUUACCAACUUCAUUACUACUAUUUGAAAGUGAGAAUGAAUUAUUUGAUCUAGAACAACAAUGAAAGCUUCACAAUUAGACUGUCAAGCUGAGAGGACGCAAUACUACGAAAAGCAUCUAUUUGAUGAGCUAUAAAUCAUUUGAAUCAUUUUAAGUUUAUUAUCAUUAUUAUCAUCAUCAUUUAUUGUUUGUUACCUUACUACUCUGAAAUCAAAUGCUGUUUAAUAAACGAAUUAGUUGUUUUAAUAAAUAUAUACUAAACUAACUGAUAUAUUGGAAUUGAUAACAUGCACAUAGGAUUUAUCCCCAAAUCUCCAAUCAAAUAGAUAUUUUGUUUAAUAUUUAUUUUUUUAUAUAUUUAACAUCAUUGUACAAAUGAAGUCAUUGUUUAAAACAAUUAGAUCUUUUAAUAAAUUUUAAUUAUGCGA